UCCCCGAGUCGGUUCCGCUGUAGAGGUGACCCGACUCUCUGAGGCUGAUUUUGCAGGUGCUACGAUCGUCCGCUCAUUUCCCAGUCAUGUCUGAACCACUCAGAGUCCUUGUGACUGGAGCAGCUGGUCAAAUUGCAUACUCACUGCUGUACAGUAUUGGAAAUGGAUCUGUCUUUGGUAAAGACCAGCCUAUUGUUCUUGUGCUGUUGGAUAUCACUCCCAUGAUGGGUGUCCUGGAUGGUGUCCUAAUGGAACUGCAAGACUGUGCCCUUCCCCUCCUGAAAGAUGUCGUCGCAACAGAUAAAGAAGAGGUUGCUUUCAAAGACCUGGAUGUAGCCAUUCUUGUGGGCUCCAUGCCGAGAAGAGAUGGCAUGGAGAGGAAAGAUUUGCUCAAAGCAAAUGUGAAAAUCUUCAAAUCCCAGGGUGCAGCCUUGGAGAAAUAUUCCAAGAAGUCAGUUAAGGUUAUUGUGGUGGGAAACCCAGCCAAUACCAACUGCCUAACGGCUUCCAAGUCAGCACCGUCCAUCCCCAAGGAGAACUUCAGUUGCUUGACGCGUUUGGAUCACAACCGAGCUAAAGCUCAGAUUGCUCUUAAACUUGGUGUCACUUCUGAUGAUGUAAAGAAUGUCAUUAUCUGGGGAAACCAUUCCUCCACUCAGUAUCCAGAUGUCAACCACGCCAAGGUGAAACUGCAAGGAAAGGAAGUUGGUGUUUAUGAAGCUCUGAAAGAUGACAGCUGGCUCAAGGGAGAAUUCAUCACUACUGUGCAGCAGCGUGGUGCUGCUGUCAUCAAGGCCCGAAAACUAUCCAGUGCGAUGUCUGCUGCAAAAGCCAUCUGUGACCAUGUCAGAGACAUCUGGUUUGGAACCCCAGAGGGAGAGUUUGUGUCCAUGGGUGUUAUCUCUGAUGGCAACUCCUAUGGUGUUCCCGAAGAUCUGCUCUACUCAUUCCCUGUUGUAAUCAAGAAUAAGACCUGGAAGGUUGUUGAAGGUCUCCCUAUUAAUGAUUUCUCACGUGAGAAGAUGGAUCUUACUGCAAAGGAACUGGCAGAAGAAAAAGAAACUGCUUUUGAAUUUCUUUCCUCUGCCUGACUAGACAAUCAUUUUCAUGUUACUAAAUGCCCCAAAGCUGAAGAAUCUAAAUGUCGUCUUUGACUCUCGUACCAAAUAAUGAUAAUGCUAUACUUAAAUUACUUGUGAAAACCACACAUUUUAAAGAUUGUGUGCUUCUUGGUAUAAAUUUGUGACAGUUUAUCAUCAUGCUGUUAGUGCUGCAUUCUAAAUAAAAUAUAUAUUCAAGUGAA